AUGGUUGUUGUUUCUAUCGCGAGUAAUGCCACCUCCAUUAGUCACCACCUUUCUAUGAAUGAUUUUGUAAUUCUUAAGAGGUUUAAGGUUAUCGUCCAUGCUCUGAAUAUAUUGGAGGUAUUGUGGCAGCUCCCUCCUAAGAAUUGGAUUAAGUUGACCUAUGAUGGUGCUUCCAAAUUCCUGUCGAAUUUAUUGGCUUGUGGUGGCAUUGCUAGAUACAUGAUUGCUUCUAAUUUAGGUGUUGCAGAUUCUCUCAUUGCCGAACUCUCAAGUGCUAGGAUAGUAAUAGAGUUCGCUCAUGAGAAGAAUUGGAACAAUGUGUGA